AUGCCUUCACCAGGUGAUCCCCCAUCUUCUACAAUGCCGCUUCACACUCGCAGCUCGGCAAACGAAAUGCCAGUCCUUCCGGUUGAAGUUAUCAUGCUAAUAUACGACAACGUGAUCGAAUAUGACCCCGAGCGACAGAUCGGAGACACCAUGUUGACAAAGGAAUCCCGCUCGACAAUCUAUGCCAUGCGAUCCGUCUCAAGGAAGUUUCUCAACGCAGGAAACGCUGCAAUGGGUCAAGCUAUCGCGAGUCGGCAAACGUCCAUAUCUCCUGGCGAGCUCUCGAACCUCCUCAACAUCAUGGAGCAGAAUCCCAAGCUCGCAAGUAACACCAAAGCUCUGUCUAUUAAGCCUGGGAGAGUGGACGAAACGGUCUUCGAUGCUCUCAACCAACAGUUGUCAAGUGCGACAAGCGACGCGCAGGCCGAGGCUGUUAGAGCGAACAUUGGGCAGUUGGAGUGUAUGUCCCGUAAAUACAAGAAGUUCAUCGAAGAUGGACAAGACAUCAACCUGCUAGUCCGGAUCGUCUCGCUCUUACCUAACCUCAGCACCAUCUACCAGUACCAAAUGUCUGGCUUCUGCGAGAGGAUCGGUAAUCGACGGUUGGUCUUCGAAGAACGACUUGGUAAACCGGACGGCUUGGGUAGGUUUGGGACGCACCUGGCCUAUGACAACAGUGGUGCGCUUAUGCCCACACUGAAAUCUAUCCGGCAAAUAAUCGACUUGAGUGGUUCCGAUUACCCUACCCGAGAGUCGCUGGUUCGCUGGGAUGUGCGCACUCAGCGCACAGAGAAGGAAUCUCCAACCAUAGCCAGCAACAUCAAGGAGCUCUCCGUUGUAGUCAAGUGCGGUGACUACCCCUUGACUUUUAGGGCGCCUCCCCAUCACAUGGGCUUAUACGUGGACCUGUAUACCAAUCUCGAAAAGCUGGAGCUGACUUUCGAUGAUUCCAACGGCUCCCAGCCUGACUUGGAUUGGCUCCUGGCCGCAGCAGUCUCUCCUGGCAGACUCAAAAAGCUACGAUCCAUCUUCUUGGACCCGGGUUUGCGCGGAACCGACUCCGUUCCGUUCAUAAUCGCCCGGCUUGGUUGUCGGUCUCUUCGGCAUGCCCGAGUCAGACUGAACACCCCGAGUCUCGAAAUUCUGCAAUCUAUGUGGUUCAUAAUUCGAAUGUGGGGCCCAUCCUUACUGAAGACCUUGGUAAUAGAGUUCUCUGUUUCAGUCGACAUCCACUCAGAUCCUGAGCUGACUUAUCCCUUCCUGGCAGAACGCAUCUACAUUGCGCGUUCGGAGGGUCCAUGUGAGCUCUGGACACCUCCUCACCCUUUUGGUAAGCAGAAGGAGGUACUCUGGAUGCCGAAGGAUGGAGAUUGGUCUCGAGUCACGCUCGCAAGACCUGAGGAUAACUAA